AAACCUAACCCUUAAUCAGGUAAGACAUACAAUUUCAUCUUGUUUCGUGAUGGAUUUACUAACCGUCAUUAACUCUCAUUGAACACAAGCUUUUAAAACUGAUGACAAUGGCUUCCCCGUCCUCAGUGCAAUAAAAUUCAGAAUGAAGAGUAACGGUGUGUUGGGACUCUUCCUUAUUUCCGCUGUUCUUCAGGGGACGUCAGCAUGGCUUUUUCAGAAGAAAACCGCCGUUUGCCAACCAGUAGGAAAGCCAUUUUACUUCGGAAAAACGAACAUCUGGUGCAUGUCUCUGUUUCCGCGCCGUGUGUCCCGCUCUGUACACCGUAACCCGUUCGGCAUUUCCCAUCGCUGGAUUUGGUACGACGGUCAUUAUUUAGAGUUUGGAACUCGCCCCCACGCUAGUGUCGUCAUCAGAAACACCCACCCAAUGGUUGGCGAUUUUUGUCCGACCAAAAUGGAGAAGAAACCCGCCGGCUACAGUGUUCUACCAGUGCAAUGCAUCAUUGGAUGCGCACGAAACUAUGAACGCGUGUUCGGUAAAUUUAGCAAGAUGAAGAAUAAUUGCCACAUGUUUACAAACAGAAUGGCGGAAAUUCUUUGUUAUAACACUGUAUGUCCACACUGGUGUUUGGCUUAGAUUUAUUUAAUAAAACGUUAAACUCUGUUUAUGUUACGAUGACAUUCAUUGAAUAUCUAAAAUGUGGACAACCCUUAUCUUGACUUUGAAAGCAAAAUCAUGUUCCGUUUUGUCCCCUAUCUUUUAUAGGAUUAUUUUCAAAAUCUUUUACUACUUGUGUAAGUUGUCAGAACUUAUUCCCAAUCCUUUUGAUUUCAUCAAUAAAAUAUGUUCAAAACAAAACAAAAA